GUAAGGAGGGAGGCGAAGGACCCUGCGUGGUUGCAGUCCCUACCAGAAGGGGUUAAAGUUAGCGCCGGGCCUUCCCGCCCACGCAAUCUUGCAGCUCCGCCCAGCAAGGUCUCUGCAGUUACGGCAGCCAUUUUGGGGGAGCCUCAGAUAGAAGAAGGCGCAGCCAGCGCAACUAAAAAAAACGCAAAGUGCUGCAGCAACCUAGAGUUCUUCUUAAAGAGACAGUACACUAUAAAGCUCUGGAUUUUCAGAUCACCGCGCUCAAGUCUCUUAUCAAUGCACUCACGUUCCAGGUCACCGCACUCAAGUUCUAGAUCAGUGCACAAGUGCUUCAUUUAAAGGGCCAGCGCAAACCAGCUUCAUUAAAAGGGCCAGCGCACCCAAGCUUCAUUUAAAGGGCCAAAGCAUCAAGUCAAGAUGUCAGCACAUACAGCACCAUUGCCACCACCUGCCCAGCAGGAUGGGGGUGCUCCUGCGACCACACCAGGGGGGUCACCACAACAAGCAAGAAGAAUGCUGCCCACUUCACCUCCGUUUCAACCUCUCAACUUGGGAGCUCCUGUAGCAGCACCUGUCUUCCUGGGGAAUCCAGUCCUCCGCACCUACAAUAGGGAUCCCUUCACACUGCGUGACUUCAAAGAAAAGAUACAGAGUCUCUUUGUUUUACAUUCUUUUCCCCCUAAUCAGCAGGUGCAGUUACUUACAGGACAGCUACAGGGAUCUGCAUUGGAAGAGGUCCGCACCUGGCCAGCUGCCGACAAGGCUACAGUGGAGCAGAUUUUUGAGGGACUCUAUCCAGUGUUUGAGUCUCACUCCCCAUCUGAGUUACGGCUAAGGUUGUCCGAACGACGUCAGGAAGAGUCAGCGUUGGGCUUUAAAUGGGCAUCUCCGGAGGUCGAGGACCACACCACAGGAGUAACUACUACUGGUCCAGAACCAAUCGGCCGGAGAGCUGCGCAACACCACCUGAAGACACUACAGGCAGAACAGAAAUCCGUCAACCGCCAGGGGGAGAUCUGUCGUGUAAGAAUUCAAGAUACACGGUCUGUAACCCUCCAACCACAGACGGAGACUAUCAUUUGGUGCCGUGCCCGACCAGGGGUGAAGAAUCAAGAUUACCGGGCCGUACUAGAGCCAAUUCAAUUGGAAGACUAUGCUCUGGUACGUGGAGUCUAGUGACAGUGACAAAUGGAAAAGUCCCAGAUCAAGUGGUUAACCUAUCGCAUGUCCCUACCAGGCUGCCCAAGUAGACUCCAGUCGCUCAGCUAUAUCAUUUGGAGACCAAGGAUGUGUUGUCAAAGU